AAGCUAUCAGUUAAAAUGUACCUGUGGACGAGUUUAUUCGUAAUAAUUUUGAUUAGAAUAGUUCUAUCAAAAAUUAUAACAUUAAGUAAAGAAAACGUUAUAAUAUGUGUUGUAACUAGAACUUAUAAUUAUUCAACACUACACAUUGAUCCACCUGUUGAUGUAAAGGAUUUGACGUCACAUCAUAUUGUUAACAAAAACAUUUAUAUAGAAACUUUGAAUACGGCGCCAAUCCAAAAUCGGGAAUAUAAGUGCAAGGGAAAACAUUACACAAAUGUAAAUUAUGACCACUUCCAGAAUAAACCUGGAUAUUUAGACGAACAAUUCAAUCUAACUUGUAGUGAAGUUUUGGGAAUAAACUACCCAUUUUGUGACAAGUACAAAAUUUGUAUAGGAAAUCACUGUGAAUGUGCAUGGGGUUAUGAAAAACCCGCUUGUACUCAAAUUUGUAAAAACGGCUACUGGGGCUUUAGUUGUCUUAGGAAAUGUGACUUAGAUUGUGAAGUAUGUGAUCCUAAAAAAGGUUGUAUUUGUAAAAAACAAGUUGCACUACAGCCAAUUGAUGGAUGUUAUAACAAAUUACACGAUCAAAUUAUAUUUCAACGAAUUUUUAUAACAAUGCUAGGUCUUUUUCCAUUAGUUAUUGGAGUUGCCGUAAUCAUAACAUUAUAUAAGAAGAAAAAAAAAUCAAAUACAAAUAUAGAAAGUAUUCCAUUAACUAAAAUUACAAUCGACGACGAAAAAAAUAAAGAUAUGCAAACAAAUACUUUUGAGCAGAGUUUCAAAAUGGAAAAAAAGGUUUCCCCACUUGUAAGUAACAUAGAAAAGAAUUACUUUGAAAAUACUGUAAUCGACAAAAUAAAAAACAAACAAAUAGAAGAAGAAUUCCUUGCCAUUCCCCAUGUAACUAAAAAAACAACAAACAUAGCUUUGGAAAAGAUAAAUAUAAACAAAAAUAAAGACAACAAGCAUCUACCUUAUGAUCAAAAUAGAGUUAUCCUUAAGGAUAUGGAAGGUGUAGGAAAAGGAGAUUAUAUCAAUGCUAGUUAUAUUAAUGGGUAUAAUCGUCCCAAGACCUACAUUGCAUGUCCUGGUCCCAAAUUCUACACAAUAAAAGAUUUCUGGAGAAUGAUAUGGCAAGAACAAGUUGAGACAAUUAUAAUGGCUUCAAAUUUCAUAGAAAAACAAAACAGAAUGUCUGCUGAGUAUUUUCCUCAAAAGUUAAACGGUAUGUUUGAGUGUGGUUCAAUUAUAAUUCUUUUAACCAAAGAAGAAAACUCUGAAUGUUAUAUUAAACGUACAGUGGAAGUUCGUUAUAAUGACUGUGAAAGAAUAAUCCAACAUUUCCAAUUAAAAAAGCAACAUUUUUUUUCCUCAAAUAAUUUGUUACCAAUUGUAAAAAAGAUGAGAACUAAUUACAAAACAAGUUCGGCUCCGAUUUUAAUUCACUCCGGUUUUGGUGCUAACAGGACAGGAACUUUGAUUUUAUGUGACUUGGCAAUUCAAAUGCUUGAACUUGAAAACAAAGUCAAUUUUUAUGAAUUAGCAAAAAAUUUACGAGAGCAAAGGUUUGGAACUGUGAAUCAAUUGGACCAUUAUAUUUUAGCUCAUUUAGUUGUACUAGAAUAUUUAAUGGAAGAACAAUUUCCGUUUGAAACUAAUGCUGAAGAAAAUGUUCAAAUUGCAGUAACAAAUCAAAGACAAAAACUCGAGCGUCAGCUGAAAUACGUGGAAAAGUUACAUGAGCAUGACAAAAUCUUACAAUCUUUUGGCCAAAAAACACAUUUUCUUAAUUGUCCAACAAAUUUUGUUCAUGGCUAUGAAAUAAGCAAAAAAUAUAUAAUCACUCCAAAACCAAAAGGAAACUUAAAUGCCAAAUUCUGGCUAAUGGUGGCUCACGAAUCGACAAGCUGUGUUUUAUUUUUAAACAAAUUGGAACAAAAUGUUCGUCCUUUUAGGGAAGAAACUCGCAAUUUCGUCAUUAAUAUCCAAAUUUUAAACCGUACUGAUACCCCUUAUUAUAUUUUAAGCAAAAUAGCUUUAUUGAUUUAUGGAAAACAAUCAAAAAUAGUCACAUGUAAAAAAAAUGUAUCAUUUUACGAAUAUAAAAACCAUCCAAAACGAUCACCAACUGUCAACAUUUUAAAAUUGAUCUGUGAUAUCAAGAAACACAAUCAGAUUAUAAUUCCCAGCAGUGAUGGUGUUGAAACAAUUGGUAUUUUCCUAGUUUUAUCUUACGUAAUACGAAAAUAUGAAACUGAAAUGGCAAUAGAUGUGUGUAAUGCAAUACGUACAGUAAGACAAAGUGACGUUCGAUUCGUUAACACUUUGAAAACAUUAGAAUUUAUUUACACGUGUAUAUCAGAAUAUUUAAGAAAUUUCGAAGAUUAUAAUAUUAUUGAUACGUAGCUAACAAAACCGAUUUUAAACAAAUAAUAGACUCGAUUGAAUGUUGUAAAUCGAGGCGACAGACCUGCUAUAUGCGCUCUAAUUAUAACAUGAGAAAUUAGCCAAAUUUCAUUAUUUACUGUCCACUACCGAAUAACCUCGACUGUAAGUGUAUACUUGCCUCCGUGAUAUUAAAGUUCAAACUGUGAGGUUGUGGUAAAUUUUACUACUUAACCUUGUUCUCGUUGGACAAUUGUUUUAUAUUAAUUAAAAAAUCUGGUGUGAACAUCACACGACUUUCCUUAUUUUACUUAUUUGGAAAACAUCCUUACGACAAUAAUUUAGUGUUGGAAAUUCGAGUAGCAAACCUAACUUUUGCGUUAGUGCUAUUUGCCGGAUUACACGCGAAAUAGAUCUUAGUUGUCGCGGUCGAACGGUGCGACCGAUUUUUACCAAUUGUUUCGUGCUGCGUCCCCCCCUUUCCUACAAGUAACUUAUAUACCAAAUUUCAAGUUUCUAGCUCUUAUCGUUCUCGAGUAUACUGUUUACAGACAGACACACACACAUACCACAAACCAACAUCUUUGGUGUCUUGAAGCUAUAAUUCGGCCAGAAAUGUAAAAAUAUAGGUAGGUCAAAUUUCAGCCAAUUACAAUACUUUCCUUAUAGAAUAAGGAAAGUAUAAAGAAAAAAAUCUGAUGUAAACUUCACACAACUUUCUUUAUCCUACUUAUUUGGAAAACAUCCUAAUAACGACAAUUAUUUGGUGUAACCUUUGCGUUAGUGCCACCUGCCGGAUUACGACACAACACACUUUUUACACACAAUGCGUUUCAAUCAUAAAGUUAUAUUCUCACCUGAAGAUAAGUGGUCAUCUGAAAUGCGUUGUGUUUAAAAUAAAAGUUUGUUGUGUCGGGUUUAAAUUGUAUUUGUGUUCCUUAUUUCCACACCAAGAAGAUCCAACAAGAAAUAUUCAUCAAUAAUAAAACAACAUAA